GUCAAACUAAACGUAAACAGAAACCAACAAUACGCCUCUUUGAAGACAAAAAAACCUCCCUGAGGCGGCCAAGGUACGAACAGGUCGGCGGGGCUGGAGGGCUGGAUGCCGUGAUCAAGGAUGUGGUGAAGGAUGUUCCGCAAAGUCAAAAAGCGCCACAGCAGCAGCAGCUCCCAGAGCAGUGAGAUCAGCACCAAAAGUAAGUCUGUGGACUCCAGUUUGGGAGGGCUCUCCAGAUCAAGCACCGUCGCCAGCCUCGACACCGACUCCACCAAGAGCUCAGGUAACAGCACAUCUGAGACCUGCGCUGAGUUCAGGGUGAAGUAUGUGGGAGCCAUCGAGAAGUUACAGUUUGAUAUGAGCAAGACGCUCCAGGAACCUCUGGACCUCAUCAACUAUAUUGAUGCUGCUCAGCAAGAUGGAAAGCUGCCCUUUGUGCCUGUAGAUGAGGAGAUGAUUCUGGGAGUGUCAAAAUAUGGAGUCAAAGUGGCCUCACUGGACCAGUGUGAUGUGCUCCAUCGCCACCCUCUCUACCUGAUAGUGCGUAUGCUGUGUUAUGAUGACGGCCUGGGUGCAGGGAAGAACCUCCUGGCUCUCAAAACUACUGACGCAAAACAACAAGACUGCAGCAUCUGGGUGUACCAGUGCAGCAGCUCAGAGCAGGCUCAGUCCAUCUGCAAGGUGCUGUCGGCUUCUUUUGACUGCGCUCUGACGUCAGACAAGUCCUGAGGCCAGAGAGACGGACAGGAAGACAGGAGAGAAGAGAAACAACUGCAAAACAAGCAAUCAGGACAUCACCACAGCUGCAAAAAAGUCACAACCAUUUCCCUUUUAUUCUAACUUUCCUUUGAUUUUUUUAAGGGCAGUUAUCUGGAGGGAAAAUCCUGUGAUUUCUCUGUUAGUUUGCAGGAAGCAUGAUUCAAGCCUUUUUUAUUGAUGGUAGUCACUUUGAAUUGUCUGCUUCCCGUAAUCCUCCAUUUAAGACACCGUUACUGUGAAUUCGUCUGAAUCAUUUCCUCAGGAUUUGUUUCCUUUACCUCACUCAUUCCUUUGACCUUUCAAAAAGUAAAGAGCAAAAUUAAGGAAAGUUCUGAAAAAAGGGAAAUGGUUGCAUUUUUUAAAAAUAGUAUUGUAAUACAGUGCACAGAUUUCAGCAAUGUAAUGUAAAUGAAUUGUAUUUAAUGUAAAUUAUGGCACAAAAUGGUACAUAAUGUAGUAAACCAUCAUUAACUUGCUAGUGUCAGUAUAUGAUCAUUCAUGGGAGACAUUAAAUCUACAUGGUACACAAUGUUUUUUGAGACAGUAUUAGUAUGAUAGUGAUCGCAAUUUGACUGGCAGGUACGUUACAAAGAUGCUUCAGCUGUGCCCCUCAUCCUGCAUUUUAUUACCUGUGAGAUUGACCAGUUUUAAUGAUUGAAUUCUUGGUACCAAAUGUUUUGUAUGUUUUUUGGGGUUUCUUUACUCCUUGUUUUAAUGUUGUGGUUAAAUCUGCAUUCUGUUCAUUAGAUUAUUUGACACCACUGAAAUCUUAAAACGCUGUUAGACCCAUUAGAAAGAGAUUGGAGGGACAAAUGUUUACAAUUCUGGUACUUACUGAACUUCACUUUGUAAAUAAUAACAGCCCUGUUCCCUUUUUUUCUGUCCUUUUCACCUUCAUCCAGUUGUGAUUGGGUUGAAAAUGUGUGACAAUCUGGUACAAUAAAGGAGUGGAAGUGUUUUUGAUAAUUA